CUAACAAUGAGGCCUAGUCCACACGUAGCCGGUUUUUUUAAAACAAAUAUCCGUCCCUCCAAAAACUUAUAUCCACACCACCUCGUUUAAAAAAAAACAAACUGUCCACAAAUACCCGGAUAAAUAUGUUGUUAAGGACAUGCCAGACCUGUAGGCGGCAGUACUUCCCCCGUUCUUAACCUCGUCCUUCGUCUGUGGUCUUCCGCAAGGAGCAGUAAUUCCUCUUGCAAAAACAAACAAGCAGAAAGCGCUUGGACAAUCGAUGGAUCGGGUAGUGACAGAGCGCAGCUUUGAGGGCAUCCAUGCUGUCGGCUAGUGUAAAUACAGGUCGCACACGUGAUGUCAGCAUUUUUCUGUCGCGGAAAGUGACGUUGCGGACCUUAAAACUCUGGUUUUGUCCGUCCACACGCAGACACCCAAAACGGAUAAAACACAGAUCUUCACUUUGGCCGGAGUUUUUAAAAAGAUCCGUUUUCGUGUGAAAAAACUCCGUUUUUGUGUGGAUGACAGGCCAAAACGUAGAAACAUAUCUACGCUUUGGCAGAUCCCCGGCUACGUGUGGACAGGGCCUGAGACGCAGACAGGGUUAAAUACACUGGGGCAGGAUGAGAGGGAGAUGAGCUGCAGGUGCGUGGGGAGAGAACCCUUUUUUAUUAUUUAUUUAUUUAUUUAUUUAUUUAUUUUUACCGUGUCCUGUCUGGCUGUGAAGCAAACAGAAUUGAUGUCUGAAUGCUGGUGACAAGCCUUACAGAUUUACUCUCAGGUGGAGCAUCAAAGCGUCUGCUUUCAAUGUCACGUUAAUGUCAUGUUUGAACUUAAAAACCGGUGGGGAAAGAAACACUCUAAAAGAGACUAACAAAUGAAAAGCUGAACCUAUAGAAAAACUACAGAGGGGUGAACAAAGGGAGACCAACGGGAGCACAGGACCUGGGGGGGGGGACCUGAAGGGGCUGCAGACAAGGGGACACGUGAGGAACACAAGGAGACAGCUGAGGGAGACGCAGAAGCAGACCAUGACAAGGACUUCCCUUUUCUUCGAUUCUCCUUUUUGUUUUUGUAAGAAAAUGUUUGUUUAUCUGCAGAUCAGAAUGACUUUCAUGUGUCUGAAUCUACCCACAGACUGUAACACAAGUAGGUCGAAGGGUUUGAGUUUCCCCUUUUGAAUUCAGUUGAAUCUCCGCAUCCAAACAAACACUGAGUCACUCAGUCGAAAGGCUGAUGCUGACAUCUGAUCGGUAUCCUGGUCACCAGAGAUGCCUCAACAGCGUAACUAAGCAACACCUAACAAACAGACUUCUCUACGUUUAGCUGCAGUUUGGUUUGGAGACUGAAGCGGCUCAUGUUUUCACUAGUUUUGUUUUCUUUAAAACGACCUAAAAAUGAGCUCUGAAGUUCUGGUGCCACAACCUCACUUUGACAGCAGAUCUGUGGCUCAGGAAGCUCUUGAGAAAAGUCCUGAUCUGAAGGACAUCCCUCAGCCAUCCUCGGGCUCAGCCACUGUGGGGUACCGCUCAGCCAAGUACACCCCGGCUGAAUGGUUCUCCAACUACCAAACUUUAAUCAGACAGGCCGGUUCUGAUCACCACGAAGCCCAGAGCAUCCAGAGAAAGUCCAGAACCCUGAACCGCAACACACAUGAUGCCACUGUGGAGACCCAGAGCUUGGGGACCCGUCUUCUGGGAGAGAGGCUCCAAGAGAUCCACUACUGGAGGUCUGAGCUGCAGCGGCACGUCGAGCAGCUGCAGGCCGACUCUGAGGCUCUGCUGCAGGUGAAGGUGAGGCUGGAGAGGGUGCUGGAUGCUACAGAGAUUCCGUACGCCAUCGCCACCGAUAAUCUGACCUGCAGAACCAGAAGACUGGGACCAGACCUGGUCCGAGACAGCGUGGAGGAGGAGCUGAUGAAGGAGGUGGACCUGAUCAAGAACAUCCAGGCUCUUCUGAAGAGAACUAUAGCUCAGGUUGUCACUCAGAUCAAGAUGAACAGAGACGCCCAGCAGACGUUGGAAAUGGACUGGUCUGAUAAACACGAGGCCUACAGCUUUGAUGAUCGCAGUGGAAGACACAGCAACACGAGUCCCGACACUAAGCUGCAUCCCAGUUCAGCCACUAUGCAGGAGCACAUUUGUACUCCCACGUCAUGGACAAAGGUUACACAAGACAACCUGUCCAAGGCCCUGCAGGAGGAGGAGGCCACCAACAGCCUCAGGAUGCUAGUGGAGCAGAUGCUGCAGGACACAACCGAGGAUCUGAGAGUCCAGAGCUCCAACGUGGACCGAGCCUUCAGCCAGCGCUGUGAAGAGCUCAUCGAGGCUAAGACCCAGCUGGAGAGGAAACUCGCUCAGAUUUUGGACCAAAUUGGAUCCCAGGAGAAGAACAUUGUGUCUCUACAGCAGGCCAUCCACAACAAAGAGGCUCCGCUGAGAGUGGCCCAGUCCAGACUUUACCUCCGCUCCCUUAGACCCAACAUGGAGCUCUGCAGGGAUCAGCCGCAGCUCAGUUUGGAAGAAGAGGUGAGGCAGAUCGACGUCACCUUAGCGUCUCUGAACCAGAAACUGAGCGAAGCCAGAAGCUCCUUGUCCCGCCUGGAGGAGUCCAGGAUGGCGCUGCAGAAGGACAUAAACUGUAAAGCUCACUCACUGUUUAUUGAGAGGGAAAAGUGCAUGCCACACCGUAAACGAUACCCCACCACCACGGUGUUAUCGGGACACUGAAUGCAGCAGUUUGAGUGCUGAACUAAUUUCAGCUUUGUAGUUUUUUUAUUUAAUGUGCUGCUGUGAUCAAAGUAAUACGCUUCUGAAUAAAAAUUAGAAAACAAUUUUUAACGUUUUUCUUCAGACAACACUUAGUUUUUACUUUUCUUCUGCUAUGUCUUUAUGUAUUUUACCUGAUUUCCAUGUUUUUACUUUGUUUUGCUGAUAUGCCCGAGUUGGCUCCUUUAUGUUCAGCACUUUGGUUAGCUGCCAUGCUAUAAUUAAAUGGUGCUUUAUAAAUAAAUUGGUAUGGUAUUGUAGCGUUGUGGUUUUAUGCUCUUUUAUGAAAGAGGAACCAUGCUACGUAUUAAUUCGGAAUAUUAAUUUUUAAUAUUUAAUAACCAAGUUUUAUAUUGUUCAGAAGACUCAAAGGUUGUUUUCAUCGAUAAACUGCCGAUAAUA